AUUGAUUACGCAAUAAAUACACUUCAUGGGAUUCUAGCCUAAAAGGCGCAAUUUCAUGUAGCGUUCCUCCCAUUUUACGGAAAAGGAGAAUUUUAAGCCUUUAGUGAUUGCGGAGGGUUUCUCCCACUCCUCUCUCUUCCCUCUCCUUCUCCCCGGUCGUCCGUCGCACGCGUCUUAUGUGGAUUAUGUGGAAAUGUGUGGAAAUUGGAAAUAUUGGACGUAGAAAGUUGUAGUUGUAAACUCAAUGAACGAUGAAUGAUCUGAAUAUUAAUAAACAUUAAUAUAUCGCUAUAGAAGCAAGUUAGUAAAAGCCUUACGCAUGUAGUCAUGAAAAUGUGAUUACAGAGCGUGCUUACAUUGUAGUAUUUCGCGGCUGUGAUUGAUUUCCUAACCUCAAUAGUUGUCAAUUUUAACGAUUAAUAUCUCGGUUCGCAGGCCAAAGACACUUUUUUCGACUAGAUUCGUUCGUUUCACGAAAAAACGCGUCGAUUGAUAUAUUUUUUGUCAAUUUUUGUGAUUGUGUAUGCUAAACUAAACGAUUACCAACAGUAAUAUAUUAUAGGUAAACGAAGGUAAAAAAUGCACAGUGAAAGUGAAGAAGGAGAAAUUGUAUCAGACUUUGAAGAAGAUUUUACAGAUGAGUUACAUAGUUUGCCUCAUGUUAUAACGUUCAUAUAUAAAUUGCGUGACCAUAUUAGAAAACAACGGAAGAAAAUUGAUAAAUUACGUAGGAAACUGAAGGAACAGAAACAACAAAAUUUGCUCUAUACAAAAUCAUAUAUACACUGUGGGACCCAGACGAAUUCUUUAGAUUUUAAUAAAUCUUUAUCGCAAGAUUGGAAUGUUAGUCAUAAUGUUAAGUCAUCCAGUAUAGUAGAUCAAGUAAAGGAAGUAGCAGAAUCAGCUUUAUUGCAGACUGGUUUUGUUUACGAGCAGACAUCAGGAAUGUAUUAUGAUUAUAAUACUGGAUAUUAUUAUGAUACAAAGCAAGGUUUAUAUUAUGAUGGAAACACUGGAAUAUAUUAUUACUAUGAUGAAACUAGUAAUACGUAUCAAUUCCACAGUCAAGUCUAUACGGGCAAAACAACUUUCCAAAGGAAGGAAGAAACUGGAAAAACACAUAAGGAUGACGUGAAAAAACGAAAAUUUAUAAGUGAAGAAGAAAAUUUGGGGGAUAAAGUACUUGAAGAGGGCGAAUGCUCAGGAAGUGAAAGUGAUGGCAUUUCUGAUGAAAUAAUCCCUGAUGUAUCUACUAAUAGCGAAAGUGAUGAUGAAGAACAAGAUUUAGCAAAAAAUUAUCCACCAUGUAUGAGAAUUAUUGUUAAGGAAACAGAUUUAAUAAAAUUAAAGCUAGGCUCCCUUUUCCUCGUAACAUGUAUAGGAGGUACAUUAGGGCGAGAAGGAGAUCAUUCGGUGCUGAUACCAGAUAUAAAUAUUAGCAAGUAUCAUGCACGUUUUGUGUACGACGAAAUCAAGAAGCAGUAUCAAGUGAUAGAUUCUGGUUCAAGAAAUGGUACAUUUAUAAAUGGCAAAAGAUUGUCAGUAGCUAAGCAAGAAUCUGAACCUCAUGAAAUAAUGCAUGGGUCAAUUAUAAAAAUUGGCGGGACGAAAUUAUUAUGCCAUAUUCAUAAUGGAAAUGAAACGUGUGGUUAUUGUGAACCAGGUCUUGUUCAGCAAAACAUCAAUCUCAAUGAAAAUAAAGCUUCGAAGACGAAACUUUAUAAGGAAGAAUUGCGACGUCUGAAACAUAAAUUCGGAAUUGAAAAGGACAAUGUGUCUAAUAGUCAAUUAGCUACGGGUUAUCAAGACAGAGCGCAAGCUAGGCGACAGUAUGUAGGUUCUUCGGAUCCUCAUGCUAAGACGCAACAAAGUUCCAUUCACACGUUACUUAUCACCUGCAAUCACAACAAAGUUGGUCUUGGAUCAAAGAGGACGGACGUCGAGUUAGAUUCCAAUAUGGAGAAGAAACAGGCAGUUUGGCGAAAAGCACAAAAACGUUAUAAAGAAAUAUUGGAUUAACUUUUUAACAAAUAAAUUAAUUUACAGCAAUAAACUAGUUCAAUAAAGUUAUCUAGUCGCAUAUUAUGAAAGAGAUCAAAUUUUGUUUUCAAAUUAAAAAAGGAAAAUUU